AUGUCACUGCGCUUGGCGCCAAUCGCACUCGUCACGCUCGCCGGCUGCACUACGCUCGGCACACCGGCGACUGCGCUGAAGGAGAUGUCGUCGGCGAACGCCGCUGCCGACAACCGAUUAGCGAGCGCUGUCCCGGUGACCGCGUCGCCGGUGGCUGCGGCCGUGCCGCCGGGUCCGUACGCCGAGUUGACCGAGCAAGAGGCCAUGGCGCAGGUCUCGCCGAUGCUCGCCGAGAUCGCCGUUGCCGACCCCGAGCUCCACGGAGAAGUGCUGCAACAACUCUCCGGCACGAAGCCGUCGCUGUGGACGCUCGCCGUGCAGAGCGCGCAGCACCGGCUGGCUUACAAGCAACAACUCGCCGAGAAGAGCAAGGCGGGUUCCGACACAAAGCAGGUGGCCGCCGCGAAACCGGCGCCGCCCGCCAAGCUGCCGAGCCCCUACACCACAUCCGACGACAGCGACGUCGUGCAAGCGAGCGCGACGGUCGAUACUCCGACGAAGACGGCUGACUCGAUGGCGCCCGACUCGACGCCGAUGCCCGACGCGAUGCCAAUGGUUGUCGGCGGCGAUGCUUCCCAGCAGCAACCCUCGGUGAUCCAGAACCACCACCUGCUCGACGAGUCGGAGCGGGUUGCGAUGUCCUCCAAGGGUGGGGCUUCGUCCGCGGCGCCGCGGGCCAAGGCCCUGUUCCCGCCCGAGCCCGCCAAGCCGACCGACUGGCGCGGCCAUGUCGAUGCGGCGAUCACGCAGCUCGGCGCCUCGGCGAGUUCGCCGCCGAAGUCCGUGGACGAGGCGCGGGAGCGGAUGCGGCUCCAGCUGUUGCAUUUGGUGUCGGGCGACACCAAGCAGGCCGUCACCCCGGCGGCAGGUCUGUCGUCGGCCGAGCAGGGGUACUGGUCGAACCAGCUCUACGCGAUGUCGACGAUGCUCGACGAGAACGGCCCCGCCGACCUACGGACGCGCGUCGACGCCGCCGCUCGGCACCAGAGCGAGGCGUCAGCCAAGCUACGGUCGAUGGGCAAUCUGCAAGUCCGCAACUUCGUCGCUUGCCGCGAGGUGUACGGCUACGGCGCCUACGAGCCCUCGAGCGACACCCGCUACGCCCCCGGCGAUCAGCUGGUUCUGUACGCCGAGCUAGACAACUACCGCAGCGACGCCACGGCGGAGGGAUAUCGGACGACGUUCGACAGCUCGUACCGCCUCGUGAACCAGGCCGGCGAUGAGGCGGCUUCGGGCGACUUCCCGGUGGUCGAUGACCUGUGCCUGACGCUCCGCCGCGACUUCCACAUCCAGUACGCAUUGACGCUCCCCACGACGCUGACGCCGGGCGAUUACCGGCUGGAGCUGUCGGUGACCGACCGGCUGGGGCAGAAGAUUGGGCACGAUCAGAUGAUGAUCACCAUCGGGCCCCGGCGUUUUGUUCCCGUGUUCGACCAGCUGCUUGCACUCGUGCUGACGCUGACGCUCGCCGUUGGGGCGAUCGUUGAGCCGCCGUGUUGCUGCAAGUCGCCGACGGGCGCCUGCCGUGUCGCGGCUCUGGACGACUCGACGCCGAACGAGUCUCCGGCGACGAGCUUGCCCAGCUGCUGCAGGGUCGCUCAGGAGGCGCCGCCGUGUUGCCAACAGCAGGCGGCUGGCGUCGAGUCGGGUCCGUGCAAGUGCGACGGUUGCUUGACCAAUCGGCCUGACGACCCCCUUACCGAAACGGCGGCCGCUCCGCGGGCGCCUGCUCUGGACGAUCUCCCCCUGGCCCUCGGCGCCGGUCCGCUGGACCCGCCGCAGGUCGUCUCGCUUGGCGAGUCGCGAUGGGCCGGGUUGGAAGGUCGCACGCUCGACCGCCCGCCGCCCGAUCGGCAG